AUGUUUAAUAAUAAUCCUUAAAAAUAUAUAACUAGAAAUGAUAUCAAGGAAAUUAAAAAGAAAUUUGAUUGGAUUGUUAUUCAUUCUGCAAAUAGUAAAAUUCCUGGUGUUACUUUAGAGGUAUUUUUAUUUUAAUAUCAUAGUAAGCUAUGUAAAUAGUGGCUUAAUAAAUUGAUUCAUCACCUCAUAUAUUUUCAAGAUGGGUUAGUAGAUAAGGUAGAAGAAAUGUUGCAACAUGGCCAUAAAUUUUAGAAUUAAUAGAGACUUACAAUUAACAAUAGGAAACAGCAUUUGAUAAUCAAAUAUAUGAAUAAUCAAGUUUCUAAUUCAUAGAAGAUAAGUUUAUGUAAUUUAUUAGUAUUUUUUUUAAGGAUAAUGAAACCAUCUUAUUUCUAAAUAACUAAUUAAUAAGAAAAAUAAAUAUUUGUCUAUUAUAUAGAAAACAUGUCAUAUGUUAAAUUGAAAUAAGAAUUUGCUAUUCUAAUAUUUAACAAUAAAACAUUAGCACUUAUUAAUGUUCACAAUUUCAAACCAAUACUUGUAGUUUCUGCUUAAUCAAUUGAAAAAACAAAGAAAAAAUAAGCAGAUGAAUUUAUGGGUAUUUUAUAAAGACUUGAUUAAUAAUAAUCUAAAGACAGUUGGAAAAAAUAAAUAAAUUUUUAUACAAAAUCAAUAGAUAAUUCUUUUCAUAUUGAAAGAUUAGAUACAAAUUCUUCAAUGAAAGAACGAUUAGAUCCUAUUUUACAAUGCAAAAGAGAUAUAGAACAUUUAUAAAAAGUAGUUAAUUUAAAUCCUUGGGAUCCAUAAUUAAGACCUUUAAAUCCAGAUCCUAAAAUGUAAUUAAUUAGAAAAAGAGGUUAAUCUGAACAUUCUAAAAGAUAUUAAGUUCUUGAAUAAGAGAAUUAUAAACUAAAUUCUUCCUUAUAAGUAUAAUUAAUAUGUUCUAAAGAUAAUAAUAUUAUAUUAGUUUUAGAAAAUCUAGUGUUACAAUAUUAUUAAUUGGAAUAUGAUUAUAAAAAUGGUGAUUAUUCUUUAAAAAAAUGUCAUGAAUUCACUUUAAAUGAUAAAAUUGAUUAAAUUGCUAUAACAUAAAAUAAAUGGAUUAAAUAAGAACAUUGUUUAAUAUUGAAAUCUAAAUAAAUGUUAGUUUAUUCUAUGCCUGAUUUUAAAUUAUUAGAUAAGAUUUAUGUAGGUUAAUAAGCAGAUACAAUGUUAUCAAAUAAAAUUAUUAUUAUUUGUUAAUAUGAUGGAUUAUUUAGUAUAAUAAAAGAGAAUUUAAGAAAAAAUCAAUAAGAAUAAUAUUAUUCAGUGGGUCUAUAAAAAUAGGUUAAAUUUAAUGAUCUUAAAUAAUCAGUUUCAAGUCUUGAUUAUUCAAGCAAAUACUAAUUUGUUAUAUUUGGAAGUAUGUGUACAUUAGUGAGCAUUUAUGAUAUUCGAAAAGGUUAGUUUAUCCAUUAAUUUAGUGUUUUAAAUACAUCUUAAUAGUUUAAUUAGAUGAAU